CGCCUCCCAGCGGGUCUCCCGGAUUGGCUCGACUGGCCCUUCCCUUUGUGACGCCGCUGAAUUUGCACACAUCCGGUUAUUUUUCCUCCCGUUUACAUAUUUUUUAAACAGGGAGAGGGCGAGCUGAAAACAAGGGCGUAAUACGUAGGAGUUUCAUAACGAGCUGUAAUUCGGUAUAACACAACCCCAGCCUGCGCAGUGGGACGUUCAGUAGGGGCGGCGCGGCUGGUGAAGGAGACAGAGCAGCGCGUUACGUGAAAGCAGCACGGUCCGCCCCGUAGGAACCCCCUUUGCCAAAGCCGGUGUUGCCGGAAGUGUGUGUGUGUCAGUGCCCUUCAGUGUUUUCAGUAUGGCCUCCGCGCUGUACGCCUGCACCAAGUGUCACCAGCGAUACCCGUUCGAAGAGCUUUCCCAGGGACAGCAGCUGUGCAAGGAGUGCCGAAUUGCUCAUCCCAUUGUGAAAUGCACAUACUGUAGAUCAGAAUUUCAGCAGGAGAGCAAAACCAACACAAUAUGCAAGAAAUGUGCGCAAAACGUUAAGCAAUUUGGCACCCCCAAGCCUUGCCAAUACUGUAACAUCAUAGCUGCGUUCAUUGGCACCAAGUGUCAGCGCUGCACCAACUCAGAGAAAAAAUACGGACCCCCUCAAACGUGUGAACAAUGCAAACAGCAAUGUGCUUUUGAUCGGAAGGAGGAGGGAAGAAGAAAGGUUGAUGGAAAGUUGUUGUGCUGGCUUUGUACCCUCUCCUACAAGAGAGUGCUUCAAAAGACUAAAGAGCAACGGAAAAGUCUGGGAACAACCCAUUCAAAUUCGUCUUCCUCUUCUCUUACGGAAAAAGAUCAGCAUCAUUCUAAACAUCACCAUCACAGGCACAGCAGCAGCCACCACAAAAUUAGUAGUCUAAGUCCAGAACCAGAACAGGGAAUAUGGAAACAAAGUCAUAAAUCCAGUACAGUGAUUCAGAAUGAACCUCCAAAGAAAAAGCCCAAACUGGAAUUCAAGCCAUCUAAUGGAGAUAGUAGCUCCAUCAAUCAGUCCACAGACAGCGGAGGCACAGACAACUUUGUCCUGAUCAGCCAAUUAAAGGAGGAAGUGAUGUCUCUGAAGCGUCUCUUGCAGCAAAGAGAUCAAACUAUUCUUGAAAAGGACAAAAAGCUAACAGAGUUGAAAGCAGACUUCCAAUACCAAGAGAAUAAUCUGAGGACAAAGAUGAAUGGUAUGGAUAAAGCUCACAAAGAUUUUGUUGAACAGUUGCAGGGCAAGAACCGGGAAUUACUGAAGCAAGUUGCCGCUUUGUCAAAGGGUAAAAAAUUUGACAAAAGUGGAAGUAUACUCACAUCUCCCUGAGGAAACGUUUAAACAGAAGGACACCGCGUAAUUCUGUGAAGCCCUUAAAAAUACAUAGGGGAUGACGGGUAAACUCUCAGUACCCUGGUAACGUUUUUUUUUUCUAGCUAAUACUUGGGUUUUAUUACUACUACUAAACCUCACACAAAGCAACUUCAGCUGGCUUGAAGACCAUUUUGUCUCAGUUCUGCAGUGGGAGGAAACACUACAGCACUCUCCUCCAAUCACAAAGGCAAUAAAAACAGGAAAACUCCAACACAACAAAAUAAGAUCAGUAUGUGGCCUUACAUUACUAAUUGAUACUCUCGUUUUAAUGAGCUCCUAUGUGGCAAACACAUUCAGCUCUCUACUAUUCAUUUUAGGUGUUUGUAUUCUAUUAUGGCAGGUUGAAUUAAGGUGCUUAACCCUCUCAAUGCUGACUUGUCUGUACAUUGCAGACCCACCCCUGCCGCUAGCAUUGAAUGAACUACUGUGUAAAUGAAGAGAUUUAUUUGUAGAUCGUCGUUUCUUGACUGAAACGUAAAGGUAUUGUAUCGUGCCUGCUGCCUGAUGAAAGGUGUGUGCAUUUUGUACUACCUGUUGUGAAUUUAUACCUGCAAGUGCCUUUGUAACAUUAAUUUAUUCAAGUAUUUAGGGGGGGCAAGGGAAAGGUGUACAUAAUGUUCUUAAGAGGAUGUUUUCUCUUUAGAUGGAGAAGGUAGAGAGCCGCAGAUCAAAGCUUUUGCGCCAGAGAUAGAGAAGCAGGUUUUAUUCCAGAAUUUGAGCUACAACCUUUGCCAUCUUGGCUACUGUACUUGUAUCUGAAUGUCUGAAGACUGAAGCUUGACUAUUGCUAAGAGGAGACAUUUCCUUGGCUACAGUUUUUAAUUCAACUGCGCUGAUCUCUGAGGAAACACCAUUUCCACGGCUUAGGGGCAUCAAUAGUUGUGCGGCCUGGGCUCAUCAUGGAUGUAUAGGAGUAGUUUACUUUAAAGGAACUAGGGAUGCACCGAAUCCACUAUUUUGGAUUCGGAGAACCCCCGAAUCCUUCGAAAGAUUCAACCGAAUCCAAAUCCUAAUUUGCAUAUGCACAUUA